GUUAGUUCAAUUUUGGCAGCGCUGGCUAACGGUACUGCGUUGCGCUAGCUAAAAGCAAACCGUGGCAAAUAACGGAACUGUUAACGUCUCGUGUGCGUGCGUUCGCCCGUGUGCUUGUGCGUGUGUGUGUGUGAGUGUGAGUGUGCGUGUGUGUUUACGUAGCAGCAGCGUGAGCUGCAUGUUCUUAACUAUCGCGUGACUUUUUAGCUGGCCAAAAUUCACAGCUAGAGUUAAAGGCGCCAUUCAAAGGGAAAUAACCCGAAUAUGUUUACGAAUUGUUGAGGCCGCAUUGAGACCAAGUAAACAUGCAAAAACAUCGUCAAAUUCGCAACAAUGUGGAGAAAUACUAAGGUGCGCCGCAAUGACUUGCCACUGUCUAAUAACAAUAUUCUCAAUAACGACAGCAACAACCAGGACAACAACAACAGCAAUAAGAAGUCACUGGCUGAGCUCCGCUAGUCAGGCAAACCAAGUCUGAGGGCAGGACAUGACAGCGAAUCAAUUGAAUUCAAUCAAAUUGCCACAAACAACUGUCUAUGGGCAGAGCGGGGAGCAGGUGAAUGUGGUGGUGGCAACGCAGUCGUAAACACACCAACACAAACAAGCGCCACAGCAACAACAACAACGACAACAACAACUAGAAAACCCGCCAGAAAGGCUAAACCUUAAUGUAGCUACAAAAUGGGCGCCAAUUCGUCGACCCGAUCCGACCCAAAUCUGCACCAGGAUGAUGACGCAUCGACUCUCAGCACGCGGCGCAGAGCUUUUGAAAUUGGGAGACGGCCAUGGAGCGUCUGGAUGAGCUUUGCCUGCAGCUGAUAUUGCAGUAUCUCCGACUGCCCGAUCAGCUGGCCAUGCUGCAGUGCGAUGAGCGUUGCUAUGCGCUGCUGGGCAGCCUCUGGCGUCGUCAGCUAAUGCGGAUCGAGCUGAAUCUGCUGCAGGUGCCGAUCUGCACAGAGAUCUUUGAGUUCCUCAUUCUCAGCAGCUGUCGCGAGCUGCGAGUGCUCAGGCUCAACUAUGUGGACAAGGAGAAGUUUGAAGUGCUGGUUAGGCAUAGGUUUCCCAAGCUCCAGAUGCUCCAGAUCGAUGCGCUGCCUCCCUUUUUCCUCUGCCAUGAGAAACAGCGUCAGCUAAAGGAAAUAAUACUCCAUGAGAAACAUGAAGAGAGUGGCGUGAGCCCGAUUAGCAGAAUAAUACUUACAAUUAUAAUUUUCCUUUCAGUUAACUUUGAUCAUUUCCAAAUACUUCGCGCCAUUGGCAAGGGCAGCUUUGGCAAGGUGUGCAUUGUACAGAAGCGGGAUAGCGGUGUCCUCUAUGCCAUGAAAUAUGUUAGCCGUUCAGUGUGUGAAUCGCGUGGCGCUUUGGGCGGUGUGAUUAAGGAGGUGGAGCUUUUAUCCUCAUUGGAACAUCCAUUUCUAGUGAAUUUAUGGUUCUCCUUUCAGGAUGAGGAGGAUUUAUUCAUGGUCUGCGACCUGUUGACGGGCGGUGAUUUAAGAUACCACUUACAGAACCGAGUGGAAUUCUCUGAGCAGAGUGUGGCCUUAUUAGUGUGCGAGCUGGGCAGUGCCCUGGAGUACCUACAAACACAUCGUGUGAUCCACAGGGACAUUAAGCCCGAUAAUAUUCUACUGGAUGAUGCAGGGCACGCUCAUUUGACUGAUUUUAAUAUUGCAACGCGGUUGCAGAAGGACUCGCUCGCCUGCAGUAUGUCGGGCACGAAGCCAUACAUGGCGCCAGAGGUCUUUAUGUGCGCACUGGAAGAAGUUGCCGGAUACAGUUACCCGGUGGAUUGGUGGUCCCUGGGCGUUGUGGCCUAUGAGAUGAGGUCGAACACACGACCAUUUGUGCUGCACUCGCACACGCCGCUGGUGGAGAUUAAGAAUAUAUUAAACAGUGCGGUUCAUUAUCCGCAUUACUGGAGUCACGAAUUUAUUGAUCUGCUGCAGAAGUUACUCUGCGUACAUCCGGGCGCACGGAUAAGCACACAGCAGGAACUGCAUCAGACGCCGCUGUUGCGGCAUUGGGACUUCCAGCAGGUGUUGCAGAAGAGUAUAAAGCCCGCAUUUAAGCCACCCGAGGAUCAUCUCAACUGUGAUCCCUGCCUGGAGCUGGAGGAGAUGAUUGUCGAGACGCGGCCGCUGCACAAAAAGAAGAAGCGACUGGCCAAACAGCGGUCGGCGCAGCGGGACAGUGAUCCGGAAUCAACGCUCAUCAAGGAGUUCAUUGUCUACAAUCGCUUCAAGGAGCUCAAGCGCAAGGCCAUGGAGCAAAAGGAAAGCGACUGGCAGCGCGAACUGGAGCUGGCCAUGGCCAAUUCCAUUGUCAACAGCCUGGCGCCCAUACAGGAGAAGCCCACAUCAUCGCAAGCCACGCCCACAUCAACAGCUAACAACGCCUGUGGGCGAUCGCCCAGCUCGCCCUCGGACGGCCAGCCCAAAGAAAGUGAUAUCAUUGAAUUUAUAGAUCGCACACCAUCGCCACAGGCGGCACAGGCGACGACCACGUCGCGCAGAUUCUGCUGCAAGACGAACACAAUACGGGAAUAGAGAAUGCACAUUUAAUCCAAUGCACCGACUAGUCCACAGGUUUCACACCUACGCAUAGCUAAAACACACCUGCAUCCAGUUACAAAAUUUGCAUGAAGCUGGCCAGAAAAGUUUUCCAUAUGAGUUCGAAUAGUAUUUAGCAAGACACAAAAUAGUCAUUUCAAUUAAUAGACCAACCAACCAGGGCCAGCCUCAUCGCCCCACCCAUGUCUGAGCUACCGAAGCCUUCUACAAGGAUCAAAUUAAAUAUUUUUCGAGCAAGCAUUAAGCCAUAUAAACCAUAUAUAGUAACAAUUUGUAACCACAGGAAACAGGAACCGAUGCCGAUUUGCACCUUUGUAUAUACAUAUACUAUAUAUAAACUAUUUUAUAAAUGUUGCAA